AUGUUGUUUUUGUGUUUUCCAGAGAGCGACUGUGUGCUGCUGACCAAACUGCCCAAAGUCCACUGUCUGCGCAACCACAAGAGAGAAGGUUUGAUUCGCUCCAGAGUGCGUGGAGCAGACGUGUCUCGCUCUGCGGUGCUAACCUUCCUGGACAGUCACUGUGAGGUCAACAAGGACUGGCUCCCCCCACUGCUGCAGAGGCUGAAGCAGGACCCGACUCGUGUGGUCAGCCCCGUCAUCGACAUCAUCAACAUGGACACGUUUGCAUAUGUGGCGGCCUCUGCUGAUCUGAGAGGAGGGUUUGACUGGAGCCUUCACUUCAAAUGGGAAACUCUGUCUCCUGAACAGAGAGCUCAGCGGACCGACCCCACUCUGCCCAUCAAGACCCCGAUCAUCGCUGGGGGUCUGUUUGUGAUUGACCGCUCCUGGUUCAACCAUCUGGGCAAAUACGACACGUCCAUGGACAUCUGGGGCGGAGAGAACUUUGAGAUCUCGUUCCGGGUCUGGGGCUGUGGAGGGAGUCUGGAGAUCCUCCCCUGCAGCAGAGUGGGACAUGUGUUCAGGAAGAAGCAUCCAUAUGUGUUUCCAGAGGGCAACGCCAACACCUACAUCAAAAACACUCGCCGCACGGCUGAGGUCUGGAUGGACGACUUCCGCCUUUUUUAUUAUUCUGCUCGACCAGCGGCCAGAGGGAAGUCCUACGGAGAUGUGAGCAGCAGAGUGGAGCUGAGGAAGAGACUGCACUGCAAACCCUUCCAGUGGUACUUGGACCAUGUGUACCCGGAGCUCAAAGUCCCAGAUGAGUCUGCGUCCGGUCCGAUCCGUCAGAGGCAGAAGUGUCUGGAGUCUCGGCGUGUAGAGGGAGAGGACCAGCCGGUGCUGAGUCUGGAGCCCUGCGCCAAGACCACGGAGGCCGUCACUGCUGAGAACCAGGAGUGGGUGUACACCGUGGGACAGCAGAUCCGGCAUCAGCAGCUGUGUCUGUCUCUGUCCACCAUGUUCCCUGCAUCACAGGUGCUGCUGCUGCCCUGCAACAUGGCCGACGGAAAACAGCGGUGGCAGAAGUCGGGGACACACCUGGAGCACCUGUUGUCUCGCUUCUGUCUGGACUCAGAGAUGGCUCUGGACGGACUGGACUCUGCUCGAAUGUUAGUGAUCAGUCCCUGUGAGCUGAGCGCCUACACACAGAGCCUCGUUCGCCCCCUCAAUGUGGCGGCUGCCUGUAACUGCGCUGGGCUCCUCUCUGUUUCCACGCGCUGUUCCUCGCUUCCUCCCGCCCCUCCCCCUCCUCCUCCCUUUUUCCCAUGGUGCACUGUGGCCCCCUCCCCCCACCCCCCAGCGGUGUUUCCGUUCCUGCAGCCCGUGGGGUUCCCUCCUGACGUCCGGAACUUCAGCUCCAGCGCCACAAGGAUGGAGCAAGAACCACCGCUGAAGAGACGUAGGAGCUCAGAGAAACUAGAUGUGAAAUCUCUCCUCAGGCAGUGGGACAGUUGCAGUGACGCCUCCUCUCCUGCAGAGGGCGACAAUAGCUUUGACUUCACAGUGAUGUCCUACAACAUCCUGAGUCAGGACCUGCUGCUGGACAACAUGUACCUUUACAAACACUGCCCCCCAGAGGUCCUCAGCUGGAACUACAGGCUGAGGGGGCUGCUGACGGAGCUGCGACUGCAUGAUGCGGAUAUUCUGUGUUUGCAAGAAGUUCAGGAAGAUCACUUUGUGACACAGAUCAGACCUGCUCUGGACACUUUGGGUUAUAAAUGUGUGUACAAAUGUCGCACUGGAGAUAAAACAGACGGCUGUGCUGUGGCGUACAGAAGGUCCCGCCUCUCACUGCUUCGGUCCAAUCCUGUGGAGUUUUACCGUCCGGGCGACGCCCUCCUGGACAGAGACAAUGUUGGAUUGGUGGUUCAGCUGAGCCCCGCCUCUGACCCUACCUCCUCCUUCUGCGUGGCUAACACACACCUGCUGUACAACCCUCGCCGUGGCGACAUCAAGCUAGCUCAGCUUGCCAUCCUAUUGGCCGAACUCCAGCGCUCGUCCCGCCUUCCUGACGGCUCGUCCUAUCCCGUGGUGCUGUGCGGAGACUUUAACUCCACCCCCUCCAGUCCACUCUACAGCUUCCUGACCUCAGGACGCCUGGACUUCAGAGACCUGCACGUCGCCAUGGUGUCUGGACAGGAGCCCAACCCUAGAGGUUUCCGGAGGAUCAGCUCUCCUCCCUGGUCCGACAGUUUGGGCAUCACCAGGUCCUGUGUGUACAGGAACCAAGAGACCAGCGAGAGGAACCAGAACCAAGAGACCAAAGAGAGGAACCACCAGGACCCAAACCAGACUGAGGAACCGGCUUCUACCAGUCCUACAGUGAUGGAAGGAGCCAUCUCUGCUCUCAGUGUGGAGGACCAGGUGUCACACAUCACACAGGAGAUCCACGACAGGUGGAGCAUCGAACACAGUCUGAAGCUGAAGUCUGUUUACGACCACAGACUGAGUCCAGACGGAAGAGACGAGAUCACCACCUGUCACUCAAGGACCGCCAUCACUGUGGACUAUAUUCUCUACUCCAGAGACUCGGCCGUUGGCCCCUCCUCCUCUUCCGCAUUUCCUGUCAGUGGGCGGGGCUUGCAGCUGCUCCAGAGGCUCUCAUUGGUCGGUCUGGUGGAGCUGGAACAGGUGAACAGUUUACCCAAUGAGCAUCACUGCUCAGACCACCUGCCGUUGCUGGCCCGCUUCAGACUGAGGAGGUGA